AUGUCAGAAAGAAAGGGUAUAAAUAAAUACUAUCCCCCAGAUUGGGAUCCUUCUAAGGUCCCUAAAAAGAAGAAGCCUGCAAAUCAGAUUAUAAAAGUUCGUCUUAUGGCUCCAUAUUCGAUGAGAUGCACUAAAUGUAACGAGUAUAUAUCGGAAAGGCGUAAAUUUAAUGCUAAAAAAGAAGUCACUAAUGAAAAGUAUAUGAAUUUUAAGAUCAUAAGAUUCCAUAUAACAUGCCCCAAAUGUAAUAAUAAUAUUACUUAUAAAACAAACCCUCAGACUGCUGGUUAUGUUCCAGAAUCUGGAGCGGUGAGGAACUACGAGCCAGAAUCUAAUAACAAUACAAACAAAAUAAAAGUUGAAACUGAGGAGCAGAUAUUGGAAAGGUUGGAAAGAGAAGAGAAAGAGAACAACUCAUUUCAAUUAUUAAAAGAAAAAAGGAAGAAAAACCCUUUUUGGCAGCAAAAUGAAAGUUUGAAAGACCAGAAAGGAGAUCUAAUGGAAAACCUUGAGAAGAGAUUACAGGAUCAGCAAAGGCAGCAAGAAAUAACCGAUCAUUUGGAAUAUCUUCAGGCGAAAAAUUCGCUGUUACAAGCGAAAGGGGGUAGAGAUCAAGCCUUAAAUGAAGCUAGAGAAAAGGUGGAGAAAGACAUCGAACUGAUGAAAUCACUUCGUGAGGACUUGGCAAGCAAAGAAGACGAAGAAUUAGCCAAAGAUAUGUUCAAAAAGUUUAGGCUGAACGGUGUGAAUGGUCUAAAGGACCUGAAUAAUGUGAAUAAAGAAACGACCCAAGAAGAAUCUUCAUCCUUUAAGAGAACUUAUGAAAAUGCAUUACAGAACGAUCAUCUGGAUCCUAUUUUAGCCCCUGCUCAAAAGCAGUCUAAGACCAUUAUUUUAAAAAAGAAGCAGCCGUUGGAAAAUCACAUAUCAAAGAUACCUAUUAUAGAGUCUAAGGCUAAAAACACUGAGUCGCUAUCAGGUGCGCUUGGUGAUUAUUCUUCAUCGGAUGAGGAGUAG